AUGUUCCGAAUGAUUUUCGCUCCAACGAAACAUCAUCGCCAGAGCUUUCCGCUUUUUGGAUCCGGCCCCCUUUCCGAAAGAGACGUCCUUCCUUCCGCGGUGGCCACCGGUGGCCGUGUCGGUGUCGGACACGGUCGUCGGCCAAAGCACUGCCGCUCCUUUGGCCCAGAACGGUCGUGGGUCAUGGUGCCUCGACACGUGGGUCGCUUGGGCCUGGCUGCUCUGGCGGCCGGUGCCUCGGUCGUCGGUCGUGCGCCUGAGAGGAGGAGAGAGGACCAGCUCCCGGCGAGCCAGCACCACACUAGGACCUGCCGUUGCGAAGUGAGGCUAUGGGGCCCUGGCGGAACGCUCGGACGCUCCGCGGAGGUCCUGGCCUCCGAGGCAGCGGCUGAAGCUGCGAAGCGGAAACUUCAGAGCCCAGCGGAGGAACUUGAGGACUUCAUCCAGAAGGGUCCGUUGUAUAGCAGGCUGCUGCUCAGCUGUCCAUCUCCUCCACUGACCGAGUGGAUGGAAAAGGGUGAGUUGUUGGCCAAGCAACUCAGUGCCAAUGUCACAAACCUCUCUGACCGAGAGAUGGCGAAGCGCAUUUACCACCUCUACUUGCCGUGGUACUUCUGGAUGCGACACCAAAUGAUUGAAAUCCGGAGUGCCAGGAGUCGUGAGGGACCUUCUGCAGUGGUCUUUGGGAUUUCCGCACCACAAGGCUUCGGAAAGACCACGGCCAAUGAGUCGCUGUCGCUGCUGUUCCAUGCUGAUGGGCUUAGCUUUCAAGCAAUCUCCAUCGACGAUUUUUACUUACCUGCAAGCUGGCAGGAGGAGGUGGCGCAGGUCUACUCCGAGAACGAAUUGUUGGAGCUGCGCGGCAACCCGGGCACCCACGACGUGCACCUGGGCGAAGAGACCUUGAAAGCGCUGAAGCGCGUGGAGCAAGGUGAGGUGUGCAUUCCACGUUUCGACAAAUCUGCAUUGAAUGGAAAGGGCGAUCAGUUGCCACGAAACCGCUGGGACCGCGUCCAGACACCAUGCGAUGUUGUGGUGGUGGAAGGUUGGAUGGUGGGCUUCAGCGCUUGUGAUGGCCAGGAUGUAGCCAAGAUCCAUCCAGGGCUGCGCCUGGUGAACGAAAAGCUGAAGAAGUACCAGGCUUGGAAUGACCUGAUCGAUUGUUUUUGCGUCUUCGCCAUGGACGAGAUUGACCAAGUGUACACCUGGAGACUACAGGCAGAGGAAGCCAUGAAGCGAUCUGGACGUGGUGGCAUGUCCUCUGAGGAAGUGAAGCGCUUCGUGAACCGUUUCAUGCCUGCUUACUUGGCAUAUCGACCACAGCUCUAUGCUGCAGCAGCUGAAGGAAGUGUCAGUGGCAAGACAGCAUUGCUUUGCAAGAUUGGUCGUGAUCGCAGCGUGCUAUGA